AUGGCCGACAAAGGUCUCGAAGAAGUCCCAGAGUCUCAAAUUGAGUCCAACUACGAUGAAGUUACCGACUCUUUCGACGCCAUGGGUCUCAAACCCGAACUUCUGCGAGGAAUCUUCGCAUACGGCUUUGAGCGUCCAAGCGCGAUCCAAUCCCGCGCUAUCAUGCCGGUCAUAAAGGGGCAUGAUGUUAUUGCUCAAGCACAGAGCGGCACCGGGAAGACAGCGACAUUCAGUAUCUCGUGCCUGCAGAAGAUCGACCCGAACCUCAAGGCUUGCCAGGCGCUCAUCCUGGCUCCAACCCGUGAGUUGGCACAGCAGAUUCAAAAGGUGGUUGUGGCAAUUGGGGAUUUCAUGAACAUCGAGUGCCACGCUUGCAUCGGUGGAACGAAUGUGCGCGAAGAUAUGAAGGCGUUGCAGGAUGGGCCGCAGGUCGUCGUUGGUACUCCCGGUCGAGUGCACGAUAUGAUUCAGCGUCGCGUGUUGAAGACCGACAGCAUGAAGAUGUUCAUUUUGGACGAGGCCGAUGAGAUGCUCUCGCGUGGUUUUACCGAACAAAUCUACGACAUUUUCCAACUCCUCCCGCAAUCCACUCAAGUGGUCCUCUUGUCCGCCACCAUGCCACAAGACGUGUUGGAAGUCACCACCAAGUUCAUGCGCGACCCAAUCCGUAUCCUUGUCAAGAAGGCGGAGUUGACCCUCGAGGGUAUCAAACAGUUCUACAUUGCGGUCGAAAAGGAGGAAUGGAAGCUCGAUACGCUCUCUGAUCUCUACGAGACGGUCACUAUCACUCAAGCAGUCAUCUUCUGCAACACCCGAAGAAAGGUUGACUGGCUUACCGACAAGCUCCAGGCUCGUGACUUCACGGUCUCAGCCAUGCACGGUGAUAUGGAGCAGGCUCAGCGGGAUGUGAUCAUGAAGGAGUUCCGAUCGGGAUCGUCACGAGUUCUGAUUGCCACCGACCUCCUGGCGCGUGGCAUCGAUGUUCAACAAGUCUCACUGGUCAUCAACUACGAUCUCCCCGCCAACCGUGAGAACUACAUCCACCGCAUCGGACGUGGUGGUCGGUUCGGCCGAAAGGGUGUCGCCAUCAACUUCGUCACCGCUGACGAUGUUCGCAUGAUGAGAGAAAUCGAGCAAUUUUACAGCACUCAAAUCGAAGAGAUGCCCAUGAACGUUGCUGACCUCAUCUAA